UGCUUCAUCUUCGUCAAGGAUGAUGCCCAUCAACAAUCUCUCUACUCUCUCCAUGGUUGCACUUAACACUAGUGAUCCACAGCAGAUGAGAGGCAUUGGAACACAACUGGAAACAUUGACUGGUAACAGUUCUACGCUGUCAAGUGAAGACAUUGGCUAUUCUUCAGGUAUCAUCAACAAGCUGACAACGGUCAGCAUUGAAUCACAUACAGGAAUCAUCAAUACAAUGGAUAAAGUAAAGAUUUUUAAAAGCAUUGUGUCAACAGUGAAUAAUAUCGUGAAGGUCGAGCCAGGCAAGAUUGAUCCCCAAUUCGGCAAAAACAUUUCGCUGAACCUGGAGACCUUGGCUACUUCGUUCACUGGCGAUGGAGAAGAGAGAGAAGACUAUGGUAGUAUUCUGCAGAUAAUGGAGGACGGCCUUUCAGUUGUCGUUGGCUGCCCGGAAAGACCCGAUCAAGCGCUAGCGUUUGCUGCUCUAAAUCAGGGCCGUGAAUUGUACCUGGGACCCCUGGACAAUUUCCCAGAUAAAGAAUCCACGUUACGGGUGGUAAUACCAUCGAGUGCAUUAGAUAUAGUACCGUCCGGUUCAGCACUCCCACCCAAUCAAUCACAAUGCCAAGAACGCCAAACCUCCUUCAUCUUCUAUAAAUCACCCAUCCUCUUCCAAGACGACGGGCUGGACAAGGACACAGCAGUUGCCACUGCAGUUGUCUCAGCCAACCUUGGGGGGCCAGCAAACGAACCCUUGGCCGGAGAACCUGUCACUCUCACCUUCCAACUUUCCAUUGAUUCUACCGGAGCUUGGUUAAAACCAACGUGCGUAUACUGGAGCUAUGGGAAAGGUGGUUGGGCCACAGAUGGCUGUUACCUGGAUACCGACGUGACCGAUCUGAUGACCAACGUUGUUCAGUGCAAGUGUACACACCUGACAAACUUUGCAGUUCUCGUUUCUCGUAGUGCCUUCAAAUCUUCCCAACCAGCUGACAAGGCGUUGAGUAUUAUCACCUACAUUGGCUGUACUCUCUCUGCAAUAGCUUUGAUUGGUUCAAUGGCCACUAUUGCAAGUUUCAAGGCAAUGCGAGCCAGGCGUCACAACCGGAUUGUGUUCCUCCUGAGCAUGGAUAUGCUCUUAGCAAUUGUCUUUUUCGUCUUUGGCAUUCGCACUGCCACAUCAUCCCCAAACAUCUGCACUGUUAUCGCUCUGCUGCUUCAUUUCCUCUUCCUGCUGAUGUUUUCAUUAACCUCCCUGGAAGCCAUCAUGCUCUACAAACAAAUUGUGGAUAUAUUCGGCAUGUUUCAAGGCUUCACUAUCAAGAUUCUCCUUUUGCUAACAGCAGGUGUGCCUUUCUGUAUCGUGUUCCUGGCAGCUGCAAUUACAAAGCUCAGUGCCCAUGGCAACAGCAAGUAUUGUUGGAUCACGGAAAACGGAGUGUUCUAUGGGUCCUUCAUAGCUCCCAUGUGCGUUUCACUCCUGACCAACAUCGCUGUGCUUGUACGCGUCACCGUUGCCUUGCAUGGACAUGGCUCGGCGGUGUCUUCGUCUAUCAAGACCACCAACACUAGCAGCGUGUCGUAUCUGCUGCGGGUCGUUGUAUCUCUGUCGGUUCUGUUAGGUAUUUCCUGGCUGUUUGGUGCCCUGGUAGCCGUCUAUGAUCACCUCGCUCUACAGUACAUCUUUGCUAUCACCAACACUCUCCAGGGGCUGGGAAUCUUUGUACACGUGUCACGUGAUGCCGAGGUGCGUGCUGCCUGGAGAAAAUCGAUCACCUCAGUGCUCAGUCAAGACACCAACUCAGCCGCCGUCCAUCGUUCCAGCUCCAAAUCAAGCCGGAUAGCCCUCACUCUGCAGCGCCAAUCGCCGCACACCAGUUCCUUUGGGACGUUUAGGCGCAGUACGGCCAGCGAACAAACAACGAAGAGUGACACCCGAGAAGAUGCGGGACCACCUGGUGAUUUGCCGACGCCGAUCACGUUAUCUGAGCAAAACCAGAGUUCCGUCUUCAUCUUGAAGGCGCCAAGUGAGGGACCGAACCAGCAAGCAGACAGUGUGUAAUCAUCCAGCGGAUUUCUCCACGUCAGAACACUUUCGAGUUAGACUCUCUAGCCACAAGCAACCUUCGUUCACCUUCAUCUUCUCUUCCCACGUUCCAUGUCUACACUUGCGUGAGAGGAUUCUUAACUCUCCUGAACAGGAUUCACUUUCAGGAAUGGCUAGAUCACAAUGGCCGUCCAAUUUUCAGUAAACGUACAUUUCUGCUUCUUGUUAAUGAUUGGGAACAAAACAAAAAAACAAAAAAACUAAAUAAGUAACACCACCCAAUAAUCAAUACUGCAUUUGAAUGCUAUUUUAUUCCCUCGUCACCCUUCAAUUUAUAUUAUUUGGUGAUUUAAAUUUGAAUACUGUUCUUCAGCAAACUGGCUCGGUACAUGUCUGCCACCAGUGUGUAGCCACCACAUGAAUGCUUUAGCUCUUCUUUCUCUCGAACCUUUGGGUUCUUUCUUCCAUUAAGAAAUGAAUACAAUAGUAGCACUACUGGGAGAGUUAUAAAAAAACAUUUCAGGUUUCGCUUGAGGCUCAAUUUUUUAAUUAACAAAAAGGAAAAUUCUCAACUUGCCUUUGGUUUCAUUUGCUGCUUACAUGCAAUCAUUCUUUUUUCUCAAUAAGUUCAUUCCACAAGCAUCCGAGUUAGACGUGAUUGCCCUGCUGCUCAGUCAGAGCUGUUUUUUUUGUUCCCCAGCGCUGAGACAUGUUGUGUUUGGAUACUGUCCUUCACUUCUAAUUUUCCAGACACCCUGCGUUAUCAUGGCGCCUUUGUAGAUUGUACAUGUAAUCCUUGUCAUCUGAAUCAAUUCGUUCUUUUAAUCAUCGUGUAUGCAACAACGUUUUGAUUCAAAUGCCUCCCUCUUGGGUACCUUUCCCGGUUGCGUUUUGCUUUUGCAUGAUGCAGUUACAUUUUGAUGCUUUUUUAAUGCAUGAGCGCCUGUCUACCAAGUAUUAGUUACUACAUAUUUCCCCGGGCGUUUCCGAAUGCCACAACUCGGCUGACAUCCCAUUGCUCGAGUUAUGCUGCCUUUAGUGCAUGCUUGCCUGCACAUUCUAACGUUUCGCAAGUGCAUGUAGCUGGGGCUUGUUUCUCUCGAUCAGAAUUUUUCAAUUCCUUUGCAAUAUCUUUCUCUCCCUGUUCUACAUGUACGUACUGCGCAAUGGCUGUGUCUGCAUGCUUGUUUACAUCACAUUCAAGUACAUGUAUCUGGAUGCUAACGUUACUAACCUGCAACAGAAUACCAUCACACGUCAUAUUAUUUUACAUGUACAUGUAUGUGAUUAUUGUCGCUUUUUUUCUUUCUAAUCUCCUUAUGUUGUCUGAUGAUUGGUUUUGCCAUGAAACUCUGAAUAACAACGAAACAGCCCUAUUUUACUUCCUUUUAUCAUUUUUAUGUACCUUUUCGUGUUAUGAUUAUUGUGUGGCCAUCUCCCGCUGACCAAUGUCAUACCAUCUGGAGUGCGCACACUGUUUCUGACUACCAGCGUUCUUCUCACCUUUAUUCCUAUAACUAGUAUAAGUUACAUGUCCCUAAGUACUACUUGUGCUGAUAUUGAACGCUGCGGAUUUCUUGCUCAGGUUAUGUUUAGCUUAGCUGGUAUUCGCAUCAGGGAGUAGUACAAUAUUGUAUGCCGUAUUGUACUACUCCCUGAUUCGCAGUCUGUAUGUGAUUUCAUAAUGCAGACACAGUUUAUUCAUUUUUACUAAUGCUUUCCUUCGUUUCUACCAUGCCACUUUCUCUUUUUCUACAGUCUGUGGUUUUUACACGUUUGAGCUUCAAUAUCAUCAUGCUGCAUUGCAAAAUCAUUAUACAUGUUAUUUUACCAGUUGCUCAAUCAAUUUUCACAUUUGUGAUAUCAUCAUCAUUAUCAUAC